AACAUCGAUUUUAAAUGCGAAAGUAAAUGACGCAAUCUCUACGCGUCAUUAUGAUAAUGUGCGCCAGCUUUGCGCAUUGUCAUCGCCAGUUCUUUUUUUAUUAGCAAAAGUUUGCUGAAUCGAGGUAAAAGUGAACAUGGUCAGUCAUCGUCGAACUAGCGAAUAGUAAAUACGAUUAAGAUGUCUCUCGAUCAGAAAUUCGAAGCAGCCGAAACAGCGGUAAAAGCUCUUACCAAGCGUCCUACCGACGAAGAACUUUUAGAACUGUAUGCCCUUUACAAACAAGCUACGAUAGGGGAUUGCGAUACGCCGAAGCCCGGUAUAUUCGAUUUGAAAGGAAAGGCAAAAUGGGAAGCUUGGAAAAGCAAGAAAGGUAAUUCGAAAGAAGCGGCUAAAGAGGCGUACAUUAAGCAUGUCGGCGAAUUGAUGGAAAAAUAUAAAUGAUCAGACGACAAUUAUUGAACGAAUAAUUGAACUUAUUGAACGGAUAUGAAAAUAUACGCAGUUAUAUAAAAUAUAUACGUUUUCUUUGGGAAAAUACGAUUACUAUA